UUUGCUUAAGCAGGUAAGCCAAGGCCUCUCUCUCUCUCUCUCUCUCUCUCUCUUUGUGCAUGCUUUCUCUCUCUUUUAUGUCUCUCUAGGCUCAUAGAGGACUCCUACAUUGUCUGUGAUCUAUAUGUAUAAUAAAAGUUGGAAUUUGAUGCUUGCUUUACUGUUUGUGGAAAUGCCCAAUUAGUGAAUUUGGUUUUUCUUGUCAAAUUUAAGCAAGCAUUUGAUGCUCUUGGAGGUACCAUCAAACACCCAUUUUAGGGGACUGUGAAUGAAACUCUGUUCUUUUCAGUUGUUGCAUAAUUCAAGUAGAAUUUGAUGCUUUUUGGUCUUUUUUGGAAACCCAUCUGAGAAUAUCUCAAAAGGUGCUCUGCAACUUCCCUUUCUAUUUGGUUACUUGCCUCCUUGGGUCUUCUGAUUCAAAACUUCAACAGCUAGUCACUUCACUAUACACUGUUUUUUUAAUUCCACAUUCAAUGGUUAAAGUAUGAGGUCUUCCCCUUGAAUAGAGAUUCAUGGGCUGCUAAUUUUAAUACAUUGGUGUUAUGUGUUCUUUUUCUUUUUUUUUUUAAUGAGUGGAGCUGCUUUCUUGUACGAGCAAAAGUGAAAAGGGAAUCUGCUUUCUUUUGUAAGGUCAGGUGAGCUGUUAGUUGGCUAAUGCCAUUGUUUGUCUAUGUCUACUUUAUGCUCUGAAAGGUUCACUUUCUUGUCUCUGGGAAGCAUUUUCCGAUUUAUCAUUGCAUAUUAGAGUAGCCUUGAUCCAAAGGUUUUUUCAAAGAUGAGCUAAGUAGUUGUUGCUGGUUAGAUUUUAUGCUUCCUGCAUUGGAUUUCCUCUUUUUCGCUUUGUGUCUAUGGGAUGCUGCAAUGAGGUGUUCCUUUUGCUUUAGCACCCGCUCAGUUCUAUAAAGCUGCCAAGCCUAUUUGUUCCUUGUUGAGUCCUGCAAGAUAACACCACCUAAUUCUGGUCAAACCCACUUUAUCUUUAAUCUAUAGUUCCUUCUGUUUUAUAUCUAUAUUUAGUCUUGUUCUCGGCUAACUGUUGGGCUGGGGUUUCCACAAAAUCAUAUAUAGGCUUGUUCCUUGGAAUUUGGGGAUUUAGCUUUUGAAAUCUAGAGAAAUGGGUAGUAGUGGUGAUAACAAUGAUGGUAUGGCGUUUCAAAAUGGAGGCCAAAGUUCAGGAAUGACUGGGAACCCCUUCUUUGCUCCUGCUUGGGAUCCAGUUGUUUCAAUAAGUCAGCAUGAGAAUUUUGGAGGUUCAUCAAUGGUGUCUCAAAGUGAAUUUACCAACUCUUCUUACCCUGUUGUGAUGGAAAACCAGGGAAUCAGUACCACUUCCCAUCUUGUUCAUUACCCAUCUGAUUCAAGUUAUGUUGAGAUGGUGCCCAAGUUCCCUUCCUAUGGAAGUGGGAGCUUCUCAGAAAUGGUUAGUUCAUUUGGUCUCUCCGAAUGUAGCCAGAUUGCCAAUACUGGAUGCCAUCCGAAUUAUUCCUCCAACAAGGAAGCAGUUAUUGGAAGGACUAUAUCAAAUUGUACAGAAUCUCAAGAAGAUCACCAAUUAACAGAAGAGCCCAUUAUAGGAGCUUCACCUGAUGGGAAGAGAAGAAAACGAGUGGCUGAAUCCAGUUCUCCUUUUGAUCCAAAUAAGAAUGCUGAUGGAGAGCUACAAAAGGAUGCUUCUGGACAUAGCUCUGAUGUCCAAAAAGAACAGGAUGAGAAGAAACCAAGAACUGAACAGAACACUGCUGCUAAUUUGCGGGGUAAGCAGGCAGCUAAACAACCUAAAGACAAUUCUCACAGUGGAGAAGCUCCUAAUGAGAAUUACAUUCAUGUCAGGGCAAGAAGGGGUCAGGCUACCAAUAGCCACAGCCUUGCUGAAAGGGUGAGAAGAGAGAAGAUUAGUGAGCGGAUGAGAUUGUUGCAAGAACUCGUUCCGGGAUGCAAUAAGAUCACUGGAAAGGCAGUAAUGCUAGAUGAAAUCAUCAAUUAUGUGCAGUCGUUGCAACAACAGGUCGAGUUUUUGUCAAUGAAACUUGCCACUGUGAAUCCUGAACUAAGCACUGAUAUCGAGAGGAUUCUGUCUAAAGAUAUCCUUCAUUCAAGAGGUAGUAAUGCUGCUUUUAUGGGAUUCAGUCCAGGGAUGAAUGCGUACCCUUAUUCUCAUGGAAUUUUUCCAGCAAACAUGCCAAUAAUUCCAAAUACAAAUCCACAAUAUCCACCUGUGCCUCAUGCUGCCUUAGACAACGAUCUCCAAACCCUUUUCCAAAUGGGAUUUGAUUCAAGUUCUGCCAUUGACGGUUUGGGACCAAAUGGGCGGUUGAAGCCGGAGCUCUAAUGUCUGGAAGAAAUCAAAGGUUGUAAUCCUCCUAACAAAUAAUUUGAAGUAUUUCAAGUUGACUUGCACAUUAGAAGUCUUUUGGGAAAGGGAAAAAGAAGAAAGGAAGAGGUUUCUUUGUUGUAUAGGUUCAGCUCCUAACUGCUUGUUCUUCGAAUUUUUAGCAGAAGAAAGAUUACGUGUUAGAAUCACACACAUGUAUAUUUUUAGAUUUGUUUUCUUCAUUUAAAAAAAAAAAAGACAGUAAUUGGAGAAUUUGACUUGUGUUUCUUCUUUAAUUUCUUCUCCUUUUCCUCUGUAAUUGGUGUUUUGAAUUAAAGGGAGUUCUGAGUUUGAAGA